AUGCUUCGAACUAUGAUCGGUAGUACUCAAGCAAAAGCUGAUAUUAUUCCAGUUGAUAUUUGUGUAAACAUGAUGAUUGCUAUUGCAUGGCAGACAGGAAUAAAACACCCAAAGACUAUUCCAGUAUUUAAUUGUUGUACUGGUCAUUUGGGAUCAUUAACAUGGGGUAAAAUCAUUGAAUGUGGCUUGGGUCAUCUUGAUACAGUCUGCAUGGAAAAUGCAAUCAGCUUUCCGCAUUUACAAUUUACUGAAAAUCGAUUUCGAUAUUUUUAUCUUCGAUUUUUACAAGAAGUACUUCCUGCAUUUAUGCUUGAUUGUUAUAUGCGUUUAAUUGGUCGAAAACCAAUUUUUUCCAAACUCUGUGAUAAAAUUUAUAAAAAUGUUCGAACACUUGAUUUUUUUACUACACACUCAUGGAUUUUUCCCAAUGAUAAUAGUAUUCUUUUACAACAUGAGAUGAGCGAUGUUGAUCGACAAGUACGUUAUAUUGUAUAUAAAAAUUAG